UCACACUGAAUAGGGUCCCCCGCAGUCGGCCUUAGGAGGCGCGGCCGGGGAGGAGGCCUGGGCCUGCGGGUUGCGAGCCGGAGCCGGGUAGCCACGGGCAGAGGGCGGGCGACAGCGCAGGCCUCGGGCCAGGCUCGAGCAGGGCGGGGAGCCCCGCGCUCUCUCCCCAUGGCCCGGAGCCGGCCGCGGAGAAGGCGGAGGCGCUGACAGGCCCGGGGCAGGGCGGGGCGGCCGGGGCCCAAGGCCGGGGAAAGAUGAGCGCGCUCCUGGAGCAGAGGGAGCAGCAGGAGCGGCUGCGCGAGGCCGCGGCCCUGGGGGACAUCCGGGAGGUGCAGAAGCUGGUGGAGAGCGGAGUGGAUGUCAACUCCCAAAAUGAGGUCAACGGCUGGACCUGUUUACACUGGGCAUGCAAACGCAACCAUGGUCAGGUGGUCUCUUACCUGCUAAAAUCAGGAGCCGACAAAGAGAUCUUGACCACCAAAGGGGAGAUGCCAGUACAGCUGACAUCGCGAAGAGAGAUCAGAAAGAUCAUGGGAGUGGAUGAGGAGGAGGCUGACGAUGACGACCUCCCCCAGCAGAAGGAGUUGGAGCUGCCCUUUGUUCCCAACUACUUGGCCAACCCACCCUUCCCCUUCAUCUACUCCCCGGAGGCCGAAGAUUCAGCCCUGCUGCAGAACGGAGGCCCCUCCACCCCUCUAGCCUCACCCCCCGCAGACGGCUCCCCUCCACUGCUGCCCCCGGGGGAGCCCCCCUUGCUAGGGGCUUUUUCAAGGGACCACACUUCUUUAGCACUGGUGCAGAAUGGCGACAUGGCUGCCCCUUCUGCCAUCCUCAGAACACCAGAAAGCACAAAACCGGGGCCUGUUUGUCAGCCACCAGUGAGUCAGAGCCGCUCCCUGUUCUCUUCUGUCCCAUCCAAGUCACCUGUGUCUCUGGAGCCUCAAAAUGGGACAUUCACAGGACAGGCACCAGCCUUCCAGCCAUUUUUCUUCACUGGAACAUUUCCAUUUAAUAUGCAAGAGCUGGUACUUAAGGUGAGGAUUCAGAACCCAUCCCUGCGAGAAAACGAUUUCAUUGAAAUUGAACUGGACCGACAGGAGCUCACUUACCAAGAGCUGCUCAGAGUGAGCUGCUGUGAGCUGGGUGUCAGCCCAGACCAAGUGGAAAAGAUCAGAAAGCUCCCCAACACUCUGCUGAGAAAGGACAAAGACGUUGCUCGACUCCAGGAUUUCCAGGAGCUGGAACUGGUUCUAAUGAUAAGUGAAAAUAAUUUUCUGUUCAGAAAUGCUGCCUCUACCCUGACUGAAAGGCCUUGCUACAACAAGAGAGCUUCCAAGCUGACGUACUGACGUUAGCAACAGGGACUUCUAUCACUGAGUAUUGUGACAGUGCGUGUCAUCUCUGGGCCAAGGACAAGCCAUUGAUCCAAAAGCCUCAGAUGCCCUGGAGGGCCCCUGGUGCCACUGCGUAGUAUAGACUAACACCGUUCUGCCAAGGCAGGAAGCCCUAACCUCACCCCAGCAGUGGUGCCACGCUUCCAAGCCUCUUGGUGCACAACAAACCUAUCGCUUGAAACUGAACAGCUGGGAAGUGGUCUGGAGAGCCGAAGUGAGCUCCAGCCAGUGCGCUUGCUGUGCGGAAGGGAAGAAAGUGUCUGCGAGGAUGCCGGGAGUGGAGCGUUUCCAGCCACUCCUGUGCACGGUGCCCUGAGGGCUGGGUUUGCUGCCUUCCUGUGUCCGAGUCACAGGCUCACGACUCUUAGAACUGUGAACCGCACAACCGUGAACUGACCGGCAGGAAGGUUGGGGAAAACAGGCACCGGCCAAAGGGAUGAGUGUGAUUGUGGUUGUGAGAUUUCCUAUAACGUACUUAUAAAUGUUACUCAGGUUAAAGUAUUUAAGAAUACAGUUACCUAAUUGUGAAUAGGCUGCUAACCAAAAGGGCCUCCCCUCCCCCACUUCCCUUUGUGCCCCUCAGCCUGCUUCUGUCCCCACAGUCAUCUCUGUCUCGUCACUAGAGGGCUCUGCCGCUUUCCACGGGAACCUCUGCUGUCCCCUCUGAGGCGCUUCCUGUCACUGAUGUGUUAACUGCACCGUCCGUCCGAGAUCCUCACUCUCAUCUUCCACUAGAAAUGAAAAGCAGUUUUUGCACCUGAAUCUGUUGCUAUUUUAGAGGUUAUUGUGGGAAACUGAGCUAAAGGAGUUAGCAUCUUUAUUUUUGUAUCAAAGAUAAAGGUUAUUUUGAAAUUAUCAGGAUUUUUACACAACUCUGAAAUCUGUUGCUUUUGUAAACCAAUUGUUUGAUCUUAGGGACUCCUCCAACUUCCACCACCAAUCCACUCAACAAAGCGAGUUGGGAGACUACUGGACCUAAACAAAGGCAGGAACAAGCACCAGGUCAAACUCUUAAGCGUGGCAUCAGAACUUUUUUCAAGAAUGCAUUCACGGAUUCUUUUCCCUUUCCUCAGAGUCAGCCAUGGUACCAGAGAAGCCAGCGUCUUGUUGAAACCAACAGCUUAGCCUUCGAGCUAGGAGCCCAGACAGGUGCCCGGGACAGCGGGGCUGAAGCCAGCCGAGGAGGAGCAGCCCUGCUGUCUUAGGACCUCUCUCCCCAUAGUGCCUAUAGUUUCCCAAGAAACUGAACUUCCUGUUAAUUUUAUUAGAGCACUGCAGUUAGCGGGAACAUGCAGAAGAUGUCACGGAGGAGACCGCUGUGCUGCCCGAGUGCUGCCGUGAGGCUGAGGUAUUCUUCUGGGCCAGUUGCUCGAGUCACUCUGUUCAGUGACUUGGCUCCUACCGGUUCCUGCCAGCGACUGCCUCACCCUCUCCAGGUGUCUGCAUCGCAGGGUAAAGGUCGAUUGUCACCCCCUCAAGUGCUUUGAAGAAGACCCCUUUCUUGUGUUCCAUCCAAUCAGAAACUACUUUAGACGUACUGACUUUUUUUUUUUUUUCCCCUUCGCUUUGAAAAAAGUCACAAUUUACUAAUACAAUUAAGUGUGGUUCUAUCCUGGAAGAAAUAAAUUCAGUAUUCAUGUCUAAAUUACUGAGGUUCUACUCUUUGAACCACCUGGAUUCAUUAGUAGCCGAAGAGCAGUGGAGGCCCCUGGCUGGGAGGUAGCCUGCAGAGGGGUCCCCUGGCUCAGCACAUGGAGAGAGGCCGGGGGUCCCAGGUGAGAGACGGGUCCUUGGCGGUGCCCCACCCCAGCCUUGCUCCUGCCUCAGAGCCUCUGUGUCAGAGACUGGCAGUGGGAUGAGACUGCACAGCUGCUGGGAGGUAAGUUGAAAGUCUUAAUCUAUGCAUUCAGAGAAAUAUUUUUAUAUGCUUUGUGUAAUUUCUAACAAGGAUCUUUUGUUAACUGUGAGCUCACCCCUCUCCACCUCGUAGAGCAUGUGUUCACACCGUGUGUAAACAUUCCCGGGAGAUUCUUUUCUUUGUGCAUUGCUAACUCUUCAAACGUAACAGAUAUCAUUAAAGUUAAAUAUUAACCGA